GAACAACGUUAUUUGAGUUAUGACGAUCAGUCCUCUUAUAAUUCACCAAAUAAUCAACAACAAAACCCUGAAGAAACUGAAAGAAUAAUGGAACAGUUUAUAGAGCUACAAGGCCUGGGUGGAAAAGAAGAUUACUAUGGUAAAGAAUUUGAACGACCAAGAAAGCUUAAGUCUAGAACUGGAGAACCAACAGCACUUACUGCACAAAAAAAAGGACAAAAUGAAUUUGUCGAACUCAUCGAACCUAAACCUGCAAAUCAACUGAAACACACCGAACAAAUUGAGAAAAGAGUUCCUGUUGCUCUUGCAGAAUCCAAAACUAUCAUGCAAGGCAAUCUCGCAUUGAAGUCGCAAAGCCUUGCCUCCGAGAAGUUCGAUUUUGCUCGGUAUGCACCAGCCGGCCCAGGAAGAGAGAAAAAGAAACGCGGAGAUGAGGGACUCGCAUAUAAAGCACAGCUGCAUCAUUAUCAACAAACCAAACAAAAAAUUAUAUCGGGUGAUGAGCAAGUAGCUCCAGUGCCAGAUCCCGAUGAAAUGAGUGAAGCGUCGGAUGAUGAUACCAAUAAUUUUUCAGUCUAUGAAUGCCCCGGUCUUGCACCAACCGGUGAUAUUGAAGUACAAAAUCCGAAUUUCGAUACAAGACACUAA